AUGGCGUCCACCGAGCCCCUGGCCCUCCUGCUGCUGGUGGCUCUGUCCGCGACGGCCAUGACCGUCGCCGGACAAGGCUCCUGCAACGGCCACAAGGUGACGGUGCAGAACCUGUGCGGCCACGACCUGACCCUGGGCAUCGAGGCGCGCUCCAACAGCAAGGCGCUCUUCCCCAACGGGUAUCUGCUCCCCAGCGGGAAGCACGAGUCGUUCGACGUGUGCGCGUGGACGGGGAGCGUGUCGGCGCAGGGCGCCGCCGUAGCCGAGUUCCACAUGGACCACGAGGGUGGGGCGUACUACGAGGUGAGCACCAACCAGGCGAGCAUGGCGGUCCGUGUCUCCGUCACCCCGCACGGCAGCCCGCUGCAGGGCCACUGCCCCACCGCCGGGUGCGACACCGGCAACCACUGCUUCGAGCACUCCGUCCCCGGCGGCAACUGCCACGGCGUCACCGAGAUCAAGAUCGUCUACUACAAUCCUUAG